AUGAUUCAAAUCUUGCUCCAAAAGUGGAAGUUGUUUUUAAAGCUAUGGUUUUCAACUGUGGCAGCUCAUUUAGUUUAUUAUCAAUAUGUCAACAACGACGCAAACUCGCAAAAACAUGGGCAUCAGAUGAGAAUUUCUCAGGAUAUUGUCGCCUUCCAGCAAAAUUGGUGUCGCAUGCAACGUGCGAGAAUUGACUUGAAUUCGUUUUUAAAACCCUGCAAUUAUAACAUUUCAUGGAAUGGAGAAUCACCGAAUCGUUUGCUACAAACAGACGCUAGCCAGAGCUUUAUUUCAUUAUUUGAUAUCAGACCGGCCGGUCAAUUUAGCCGUUUUACUAUUCAGACUAAAACUCAAAAUGGCGAACUGAAGCUUAUUGGCGGUGACUCGUGGCGUGUUUUAUUACGCGGACCCGCCACUGUGUCACCCACCGUGUUUGAUCACGGCAAUGGUACAUACGAAUUUUUGUUUUUGAUUAUGGACCCAGGUGUCUAUAAAUUGGAUAUCACCCUGGAUUAUAGCUUGUGUGAUGGAUACCGGGAUCCACCGAAAAAUUGGUUUAUUGUAGGUGAGUAGUUGAGUAGUCGAGACGGGAGGUUAGGGAUAAGAAAAAACCUAAAAAUAAUUUGUUAUAGAGAAAGAUUAUUUAUAGUAUGCAUAGCUACACUAAUGUUGACAAACAUCAUAUAUCGUAACAAAGUAACUAAAUCGGGUGAGCGAAUCAGUACAUGAAGUGAAUUAAAGCAUUGAGUUACAUGGCAUUUGCCCAAUUAACUGCGCUUAAAACAGUCGAAUUGUUUUGCAAAACCUGAAUUCCAUUUUGCCCUUAAUGUGGUAGAAAUACCGUUCCGAAAAGGUGAUCUAAUUUACCCAUGCUGUAGCUUUUUUUGUGGCUUCUGGCCUUAAAAAAAAUUCAACGCAUCUUUGUUUACUUCAAUAUCCAGCCAACUCAUCUGUUCAGCACUUGCCUCACCUUAGCAUCACUGAGUCGUAUGUUUUAUCCCGUCUACUACAACUUUUGUACAUCCACGUAUUUUUGAAUCAUGGAGAUCAUGUCGUUUUUAACAGGGAAUUCUCAAGGAAAAAUGCAAAAAGAUGGGACUCUUGGUCAAAAUCGCGCAAAAAAUGAUUACCUUCUUCAACCCUUCCAGAAAGGAAAAUUGAUUAUAAUCAAUAUACCGAUGCCUACGAAUGGAGGUAAGAUAGAGAACUAAUAGAAACGAAUAUCGAUUUUUUUCGGGUGGUUUUAUUUGGUUAUAUUGAGUUGAAGUUUCAAAUUGUGAGACUUCUCAUUGCCAAUUUGACAGAUGAAAAUAAUGGGACUGUGGCACGUUUUAGUGGAUGUUAAAGGGGCUGUGUCACAGCAGUCCAGUUCAUUUUGUUUAAUUUUGCCAAUUACUCGCUCUCAAUCGCUAUGAAACUUAACGUAAGCAAAGAAAUUACACGCAAAUGACGAAAUCAGAGAUCCGUGACAAACAAAUAUGUCUCCUGAGCAUUAUUUUUUAAGUUGAAAGCAGCAGGGAUCAACUUUGAAAAACUGUAAGGCUGAUCAGUUUUCAAAAACCCUAAUUUCAAUCCGUUUCAAUCUUCUUCAGUUUUGCCCAUCCGUGGCAUCUGUUGUUUCUGUUAUGUUAUUUUAACCUUCCUUUAAAGUUUUAAGCGGUUAUUUUUAUGUUUCUCUUUAUGUAGUGGGCAUUUUAUAAAUUCCUAAUUUGGCUGAAUUUCGUGAAACAGCUCCUUUAAGCAUCAUCAUCUUGAUCGUCAGCUUUCAUCACUAUCGUCAAGAUCAUCAUCAUCAUCAUCAUCACCCGGUCACCACCACUACCACCACCACCACCAUCAUCAUCAGCAGCAGUAGCAGCAUCACCACCACCACCACCACCACCACCAUCAUCAUCAACAUUAGGGAGCUUAAGCAACAACGACGGCGAUGGCUACGAAAACGUCACUCAAAAAGUAAAGCCGCGCUGCUUCAAACUUUAUCGCACUUAUUCCAUCUCGUUUAAUUCAUCAAAUGUUGGCAAUUUUCUCUGGAGUUGAAUUCUAGAAGACUGUAUCAAAGUUCAGGAAAAUAAAAAGAAAGUCGUCGUCUGGUGUUCACGUCCUCGACAAAACGUGAAGUUAGGUAUUUUCACGUCGUAGUCAUGCAGUUACCGCAAAGAAAUGCACAAAAAAGCGUGAUGCACGUGCAGAGUUGUUGUUUUGCCAAUCUAAACCUUUACUUUUUUGCCACGCAUGUUGACGUCGCCGAUAUCUUUGCUUAAGCUCCCUCCCACCACUCCUACCACCAUCACCAUCAUCAUCAUCAUAAUCAUCAUAUUUUUUAUCAUCAUCGUCACACAUAUGAAUCAGUAACGUGCCUAACUUUGUCACGUCUUUAUUUUGUUGAUUUAACGAUCACGAUAACGGUAGACACAAACUUAUUUUACUCAGAGUCAUAUUUUAUACUAUUUCAAACACAUAAAAGCACAGUUUCCAGCACAAACACUACAAGGCUGGUAAACCUGUGGCUUCCUCUUUCCUCACCAGGAGCAUUUCUAAUAAAUCGAUUGCCUGACAGUUCAUGUGUCGCUUCCAAAUUUGACUUGACCUGUGGUAUUAAAUGCAAAUUCAUGUGGGACGGCUUUGGUCGUUGGCUUGGAAAAAACUGGAAACCUUAUCUUACAGGUAAAUUUCUUUUUAACUGUCGGUCUCGUAUAUAAAAGUUUUUAAUGCUAAUUUAACCAUUGUCUCACUUUUACCAAUUUAAUUCGUAGAUCUGCUGAUUUUGAAAUAAGGCUCCGCACCCAAACAUCUAUAAGAAUGAACACAUCCCGUCGUUCUUUUAGACCUUGCAAUAAAGAAAAGGGUCACCUAACCAAAUUUUCAAAUACCAGCUACCUUCUUUAUUUCAAGCUUAGCCUUUAUUAAUGUUUAUAUGGACUGUUGUUUUAUUUUUUUAAAAGAACCAUCAAAUCGUCCAUCGGCCAAGAAAUCAGUUACCCCUCGCAAGCUGGACACCUUGUGGAUAUACGGGGAUUCACAGGCUGAGAGACUGCACCUGUCAAUAGAGGGUGGACCGCUGUGCACAAAGAUCUUCAAAUCUUGCAACAUAAGUAAAAUGUGGGUUUAUCCUUACACCAGCCAGGUUCCACCCUGGGACAACAAAGACUACGAUGACAAAUUAAUCCUUAACGAUCUAAGAAAAGUACUGGAGAGGCCGGAGAUGAACGAGAAUAGCAUAUUGAUUUUAAAUCUAGGAUUACAUUACAUGGAGAGCAUUAGUCUAAAGGAUUACCAAAACCUCUUGGACAAAGUUGUUGAUUUACUGAACGAAAGGGACAGCACGACUGGUGAACUGAGGCACAAAUCACGAGUAAUAUGGAAAACCAGCACUUCUUUAAGCAAGGAAAAGGACACUGGCGGUCAGCUGAAGAGCGAUCGCCGAAGAUUUUUAACAUUGCCGGUGAGUAAAAAUACCUUAAAGUCAAGUACAACAUCUAUAACGACUACCACAUUAAGUAAUUUUUUUCUGCGGAAAUUAUUAUUGUAAUCAGAGUCAGUGAGUAGAGUAGAGUGAUUUUAAAUGUAUCUGGAAAAAUAUUGAUGUGAUUCUGACACAACCGAUGCGCAAAAGAAGGCAGCAUAACGGCUGGAUUUGUAAUCCGGGAGCUGGAGUGCAAGUCACGCCCUGACCGCUAGCUCUCGUACUUACCCAGGACCGUUACGGUUUGGAAUAAUCCCCCUCAUUCUAUUAAGCAUGCUACUUGUGCUCAACAGUUUAAAAGCGUUCUACAUACUUACCAUAAGACCAGGCUAAGUUUCUAUCGGUCGCCAUAGUUACACCUGAAUCACACUCUUUCUGCGCACGCCCUUUUUUCCUUUAUAUACGUUUUUUCGUCCGAUUUUAGUAUGUUCGUCUCAAAGUUUUAAACAUUGUAGGGGUUGAAAGUCAGUUGGGGCUCCUGUCCUGUUUUCAUCUCCUGUCAGCGGGCUGUGCUGAUGUAUAUUUGUAAUUUUCUUCCUUUACAAAUAUCUAUAAACUAAACCAAACAAACUGGUUUAUUCUUACCCUCCCGGUUCCCCACACCAUAUUACUAACAAACGAAAAGGCAUCUACAUGUAAGUCGACGUCUAGUAGUUUCCAUUGCAUAUAAAUUAUGUUUAUUUUAAUGGUAUUGUAUACGUUUGUUGCAUGUUAACUCUUUCUGACACGCGACAAUCAUGCGCGCGAGCAAACACUUGGCGAUCGACGAAGAUUCAUUGAAAUCACUAACAGGUUGUUCUCUUUCAGCGGGUGAAUCUCUACAACUCCUACGCGACGUCCCUAAUGUGCCGUACUGGGUUAGAGGUCCUUGAUGUGUACCCCUUCACGAGGUCCUACCCAGAAGGUACCGGGGGUCCUGAUGUGGCUUAUUAUAAGGAACACGACAUUGUUCAUUUCAAGUUUCAUGUUAUGAAAACUAUUGACCUGUUUAUAGAAGAUUACUUUCGCGGCCAAGUUGUGCUUCCCAUUAGUCUAAGGAACUACGUGUUUUCUUGAACUAUUCUGCUGGCAGCCAAACUAUCUUUCUUGUUGCCUGUGGACCGAGUUUCCCAUCAGUCUGAAUGUUAUUUACUCUACAAUGAAUUCUGGAUGGGAUUUAACGAUAGCUCAAAAUUAGCCUUUUUAGGCUCUCAGUUAGUUGGGAUAAGGGGAGAGAAUUUUAGCAAGUUGAAAAGCGCAAAAAAGAGUCCUCGUCCGUCUCUUUCUUUCGCUCGUUUUUCUUUCGUUAGUCCCUACUUACCGAAAUGAACUGGAACAGCCCAGCUGAGAAUUGACCAAAAUUGUAUUUUAAUAUUGUUGGCUGUAUAAGAGGUUUUUAACAGUUUUUAUAAAAGUUCAAUAUUUAAGAUCCGACUAACAAAAGUGUAGAAAUGGUCCGGUGUUUAGCUAAAAGCCGUGAAAUUACUGAAACUUUAAAAGGUGUGCUGACGAUUCCGUUUUUCGUAAGCAAGGCCUAUUUGCACAUGAAACAGUAUGAAUUAUUAACCGCUCCGGUCAAAUUAACAAGUUUCAACUCAGCUGAGACAUCUACUCUACAUGCAGGCUCCACUCAACAGAGCAUGUUUUAUGCAGUUUAUAAUUUUUUUUUAAGCAUGUUGUUUUUGCUACAACACUAAGUAAACAAGUGUCUGAUAAAACGGUAGAGUUUGUCAAUCAUGGCUUAAUUCAGUUCUGCCAAAGGGAAGUUUUUUUAGCUUUUUGUGCUGAAAACUCCUUCUCUGCGAUAAACACACAGUAAAUGGCAGCCAUCUUUUCUUUGACGAAACGAUUACGUCAUUCCUGUGCAGGGUAGUUGAUAUCCGUCGUUUCAGAUCUCUUGGUGACAUUUCAAUUACCAUGACAUAAUGCGCUCUGUAAAUUAAUAGACUAAAAAAACUGGAAAAAGGCUUAAUAAUAAUAGUUUGAAUUAAAAAAUGCAGUUAUCAUCUCCUACAUGUACAAUAGCUUGUCGAUUCCUUUCAACACCGAUUCUGAAAUGUUCUUAUUUUGCGGACUAAAUAAAUUGAUCAAUAGAAUCAAUAUAUUGGUUCUUACAGCCCUUUCUGAAUCAAUAUUUUUUUAUAAUAGCAUAACUGUCUUAAAGAAGUGUAACGUUUAAUCCAACCGAAAUUAAAAAUAUAAUAUAUUCACCUCUUUAGCGUGAAACAAUACACACAACAAAAGUCCGACCUAGAAUUAAACGCCAUCUUGAUGCCACAAUGUAUUCAUUAAACAGAAAAUAAAGAGAUCUACUUCCAAUUUCCGACUUUCAAAUGAAGAUGUGUCUAGAUGCUAAACUUGGGUCAUAUUCGAAUGGCAAUUGUGUAUUCUUUACGACAUCAGUUAAAAAGAUUCAUAUCCUGCGGUUGUGUCGUCAAACCAGAAAUCGGACGUAAAACAAAUAUAAAUGGCAGAAAAUGUAUUUACGCUACACUACUGAAGCAGGUGAAUGUGUUUUACUGUCAGCCUCUUUGUUUUAUAAGCUAUUGAAAACAUCUCCAUUAGCCGGCCGGUUUUUUUUUCUUCCAGCCGAGUUUCGGUACAGUUCCCUAUCUUCUCUGAUUCGACAUCAGAACUGUUAACGGAGCUGUAUCCAGUUAGGUUGUUAGCUGUCAUUUUAACUUUAACUGUUGUGCUUUGUUAGAGGUGUUGAAUGAGUGUUAUCUGCACAUCAAGGCAAUGCAAAUGACUUCGGCCUCAACCGACACCGUUAGCAAGAACACAAGUCAAGUAAAGCAGGUCGGGAUGACUUCUUUCCAUGUGAUUGCCGCUCCUUCAAUCAUUCUUAUCGUUGCCAUAUUAUUUGGCAAUUCUCUAGUCAUUGCCUCCUACAAGAUUAACAGAAGGCUGAAAACUCGGACAAAGGCAUUUCUGGUUAGUUUAGCCGUCUCGGAUUUUCUGGUUGGCAGCAUAUCUCUACCUAUGUGCAUUUAUGGGAUCACAUCGGAGCCGUGGAACGUUUCUAUCGCUUUCAACGCCGUUUUCAAAAGUUUUGACGUCUUUUCUGCUCUCGCAUCUAUUUUUCACCUGACGGCAAUAAGCAUGGAACGUUACAUCGCAGUUUCGCGGCCGUUUUAUUACAAACGCUUGCCGUCUCUCUUUCAGCGGGUAUUAAUAACGACAGCCUGGUCUGCCGCCUGCUUUCUCGCACUGUUAUCUAACUUUACUCUUCUGGAAAACAGCUGGAGUAGUCAAUGCUACUCUCUGGUUUUGCUUAUGUGCGGCUUAGUCGUACCCACCGCCAUCAUCGCGCGCAUGUACAUUGGAGUGUUUUCAGUUGCGCGAUCUCUCCAACAACGUAACCCAUCUCAUACUACGACAAAGCAAAGCGAUGGAAGUUUGAAGCGAUAUUAUCAAGGGGAGAAAAAAGUCGCCAUCACCGUUGCGCUUAUAACAGUCUUAUUCAUCGCUGCAUGGCUGCCAUUCUUCGCUGUGUCAGUCACAGCUGCUUUUUGCGUCCAUUGCCUUUCUUCUUCCCCACACUCCCUCUACAGAAUCAUCGUCAUAGUGAAGAGUGUGCAUUACAUGAACAGCGCCGUCAACCCACUCGUGUAUGCGCGCCGUGAUCGUGAAAUGAGACAAACAUUUUUAAGACUCCUCGGGUUACACAGCGGUACUAGUCGAUUUUCAUUCGAAAAAAGUAGCCCAGAAGCAUUGGCCAUGCGUACGAUUUAA